AUGAUAACAUCUUCAAAGGAAGAAGCAGUUCUCAAAUGGGAUUGUGGAAGCUUGUUGUAUGAUUCCCAUGAAUUGAUAUCUUUAGCUUAUACAAUUGAGAGACAUAUGAUAGUGUGGCCCCAUCUUCGUGGAUCAAACCCCAUCAUCACCAAACUCUGUGAUCCAAAGGAAAAGAGGCCAACCGAAAGUGUCUCAAAAAUUUCUUCCAUGGCAACCAAUUUCAGUGCAUUUUUUAAGAGAAUGUGGAAGAAGAUGAAAGAGAAGCACGAGAAAAUACAGCCUCGGGCUUUUGGAUUUUGUGUCGGGGUGGAAUUUGGCAUGUGGAAGUGGAAGCCACAAUUUGCAUCGAUGGAACAAGUGCAACUUGUCCUCAAUCCUCAGUGGAGCAUUAGCAAUUGA